CUUCAUGAGCACGUUAUUUGGCCAUUUUGGAGUGUGUUUUGUGGAGCCCACUCCACAACAACAAUACUCACAAGGCAACAAUGUAACAGUCUUUUAUACGUCUUUUUGUUCAUUCAUUCUCUCUCAUUUUCAGUUUCCACUGUUGAAUGAUGGAUUUAGAGGUUUCUGAUAAGCUAAAAAUUUGUGGUGGUGGUGGUGAUGAUGAUAGGAACUUAAAUUUGAAAUGGGUCACAUCAUGUGAGAAAAAUACACUGCAUUCAAAUGUGAUGGUACCAGAGUCUUGUAAAAAAAUUGAGUCUGAUGAUAAUGAUGAUGAUAAUGUCCCUUUGUCAGCAAAAUUUUCCGUGAUUUCGAGUUUGGGUGGUAACUAUGAUGGAUCUGUUAAGAAGAGCCCUACUACUACAUUGCUGGUUAAGAGGCUAUUUGAAAACGGCAGUUCGUCGUGCGGUUCGGUUAAGAAAUCAAAGGUGUCUCCAUCAGCAUAUGAUGAUGGUGAUGAUGAUGAGGAUGAGGAUGUUCCUAUUUCCUGGAGAGGGAAAAUGCCUACCGUGUCAGUUGGUAAAGUAUUUUCUGUAACAAAGAGGUUUGUGGAGAAAAAACUCGCAUUGAUGGAAGAAUCAAUUGAGGAAUGUCAAAGGAAGGGACAAGUAGAAGAACAGAAAUUGGAGUCUAUAAAGAUAGAGAUUGAGGAGUACUCCAAAGAGCUUGUAAAGAAGAAUAAACAAGUUGGUUGUGUUAGAAGAAUUCAUGAAGCUCAUAAGAAAAUACAGGGAAAAGUUGAAGAAUGUGUCAAGGAUUUUGUAGCAAAGGAAGCUCAGCUCUGUAUGAUGGAGAACCUGAUUGGAGAGCGCAAGCAAGAGCUCAAUACAGAGUUGAUAGAACUGCACGAAAUCAUAGGUAACGUUGAUAAAGAUCGUGAAAGGAAGCAAGAGGAACUCAAGGUUCUUUCACAAAAUAUUGUUGAAUGUAGUAUGGAACUUAUGACUAGAGAGAAAGAGCUUGAUGCAAUGAAAAAAUUAAUUGGUGAACAAGCGGAAAUAUUAGAGUCAGAAAGGAAGAAGUUACUAAAGGUAAUGUCAAUAAGGUCUGAUCAGCGUGCUCAAACGGAGAGUUUUGAGUUAAUGAGGAAACGAUCUGAAGGUCAGAUUUUGGAGCUUCAGUCAAAAGAGAAAAGGUGUGAAGAACAAAUGAUGGAGCUUGAGUCAAAGAAGAAGCACUUUGAAAGACAAGUAAAGGAGCUGGGGUUAAAAGAGGAGAAACUUGAAGGCCAGGUAAAGAAAUUUGAAGCAAAGGAGGAGGAACUUGAAGGGCGUAUGAAGGAGCUUGAAUCAGAAAAGAAGCAUUUUGAAAACCGGGUGAAGGAGCUUGAAUCUAAAGAGAAGCUAGUUGAAGGACGAGCAAAGGAACUACAGUCAAAUGAGAAGCAACUUGAAAGUCGGGUUAAGGAGUUUGUGUCAAAAGAGGAGAAAUUUGAAGGCCAACUGAAGGAGCUGGAAUUCAGAAAGAAGCACUUUGAAAGCCAAGUGAAGGAGUUAGAGUCAAAAGAUAACACACUUGUAGGCCAAGUGAAGGAAUUUGAAGGCCAGGUGAAGGAGCUGGUAUCAAAACAGAAGCAUUUCGAAAGCCAAAUGAAUGAACUUGAGUCAAAAGAGAAGCGACUUGAAGGCCGGUUGAAGGAGCAUGAAUCAAAAGAGAAAGAGUUUGAAGGCCAAGUGAAGGAGCUGGAAUCUAAAAAGAAGGAGUUGGAAUCGAAAGAGAAGGAAUUUGAAUGCCAAUUGACGGAGCUGGUGAAGGAACUGGUAUCAAAACAGAAGCAUUUCGUAAGCCGAAUAAAGGAGCUAGAGUCAAAAGAGAAGCAACAUGAUGGCCGAGUGAAGGAGCAUGAAUCAAAAGAGAGAGAAUUUGAAGGCCAAAUGAAAGAGCUGGAAUCUAAAAAGAAGCAUUUCAAAAGCCAAGUGGAGGAGCUCAAAUCAAAAGAGAGACAGUUUAAAGGACAAGUGAAGGAACUUGAGUCUAAAGAGAUGCAACUGGAUGGCCAAAUGAAGGAGUUUCAAUCAAAAGAAAAGCAACAUGAAGGCCGAAUGAAGGAGUUAGAAUCAAAGGAGGAGAAACUCCAAGGUCAAGUUAAAGAGCUGGAAUCAAGAAAGAAGCAUUUUGAAAGCCAAGUUGAGGUCUUCAAAUCAAAAGAAAAGCAAUUUGAAGGACGAGGGAAAGAAUUUGAAUUAAAAGCGAGUAUGUUGAAAGUACAGGUGAAGGAGCUCAUAUUAAAAGAAAAGCUGUUGGAGGGACAAGUCCAGGAUCUUGAGUCAAAGCUGAAUAAAUUUGAUGGACAAUCCAAGGAGUCUGAGUCGACAGAGAAACGACAUGAAGCAUUAAUAAAAUAUUUUGAUGAGGAAAAAGAAUCACUUACAUCUUGUAUGGAUGAUCAAUUAUGUCCUACCAUUGAUGGAAUGAGUUUGCAGUUGGUUCCAAGUGAACAACCUGAUGGACCCGAGUUCCUUUGCAAUGACGUUUUAGUUAAUCUGCUAGAAUCAUCAGAUCCAUCACGAACUAUUUUGGAUAUAAUACUGAACCCCGUUAUUCCACUGUGUAAGACGGGAGAUGAUGUUGUGAUUAUUGAUGAGAGCCACAUCUUUCUGCUAGAACAACUGAUGAAAAUCUCGCCAAAUAUUAAGCCUGGUGUAAAAGAAGAAGCACUGAAGCUAGCAUCUGAUAUGAAAGCUAACAUGAAAGAAAAUACUGAAAAUUCUUUGGGUGUUCUUGGUUUUCUUCUGGUUUUGUCAAUUUAUGGAUUGCUUGCUUCUUUCGAUGAGGGCAAAGUCUUGGAGCUUUUUGCAUUUGUUGCUCACCACAAGAUAGCUGUGGAGCUUUUUGGGUCCCUGGGAUUUGCAAAUAAAGUUUCUGAUUUUGUGGAGAAUCUUAUCAGGAAGAAGCAAUUUGUUGGAGCUGUUAGAUUCAGCUAUGCAUAUAACUUGGCUGACAAGAAACAACUAGUUGAUCUCUUGCGAGAACACGUCCAGAAUGCAAAACUGAUUUGUGAGAACAGUUGCAAGAAAACCAGCUCCAUUGAAAUCAAGGAUAAGGCCAGAGAUGAAGAAAUUGCUAGCUUGGAAACUGUUCUACUAUGCAUUUCUGACAACAACCUCAAAUCUGAGGAACUGUUUAUCCAGGAGAUUCAAUAUCGUAUUCUUGAACUAAAAGCACAUAAAGGCAAAUAGUUUUUGUACUUGGAACAACCUAACGUAGAUAAAUGUGGUUAUAGAAAUCUUCUAACAUAUAUACACUACUAUUGUUGGGGUACAUAUUCACUUAAAUGACUUUAACGCGAUUCUCUCUGUUUCUUACUCAAAA